UUGUCAUUUAUAUUUUCGGUGUUGAACAACUCAAAUGAAAAAUAUUCAACUUAAAUCGCAUUAUUCAAAUAAAACCUGUGCAGAAUAUCCUUUUAUUGUGUCGUAACAUUUAAACAAUCUGCUGUAUGGUGAUAACGGAAAUGGGAUCAACAGUGUCGAUAUACAAUGAAACUGAAGUCCCACUCAAUAUUGCGUUGUGCCAAGUUAGCCCUUUGUAUUACCAGAAUCUAGUCCGACCAGGACAUUGUGCAACGUUCAAGGUGGGUAAAGUUUGGUUUACAAUUGAAGGAAGAGUAUGGAAUGGAGACAAUGAAUACGAUGGCAUACAAGUGACAGAGCCAAUUAUCGAAGCUACCGCGCAAGCAAUUACUAUUUUCAUGACAUUGUUGGGUAAGACACGAGAACCAAUAGCGGCUGCAGGAGUUGGAGUUGGUAUAAAAUUGGCUGAAGCAAUGAGUGAAGGAAAAGUUGCACAUGAAACAGAUGCAACGAAAAAGUUGAGGUUGAGAUUAUUCAAUGGAAAAGCUAUACAUUCACCUGGCUGGUACUUCGGAAAGGAUAGGUGUAUCUCUAUAUCGGGAGGACCGAAAUGUGUUAGCGUUGAUGAUUCCAAAAUUGCAUUCGGUAAAAUCGAUGUAGACACUCUUCUCAAUCCAUUUGUAAUUAGAGAUAGAUGUAUCGAUGGAGAAACGCAUCACUUCUGAUGAUUUUUCACCAAAAAAUAAAAUUGACCACAUUACGGGAACGACAAUCAUCACAAGCGUCGAAUCUUUUAUAUGAUAUGAAAAUUGAUAUUAUCCACAUUAUCGUCCAGUGUGGUUGAACCCGCGUUUCUGUUUUGCGACCUUUUACAGUUUCCAAAGUCUUUUCACAAAAUAUAAAAUUUAGCUAUU